GGACAGAACGGGGCAGCGACGAGAAGGAACCGGCCGGCAAGCAGAGGGAUCGACGAGUACCCGGCGUACGUUUGUGUGGUGCGCGCUGGUUUCGAGAGAUAGGCUUCCAGUGUCGCUCGAGAACUUGUCCGUCAACGUUUGUUUGCUUGGUCGCUCGUAUAAAGCGUUUUCUCGUUUUCAUUAAAAUCGGUCGAACUUGUGAAAAAUAAUCAAAAUGACGAUGGCAACGGAAACAGAGAAUACCGGGCCGGAAAGCAAAGAGAUAAAAGAUGUGAAAGAGAUGAAAGAAGCAUUGAAGGACGAAACGCCGCCGGACAAUAAGCAAGAGGAGAAGGAUGCGGCGAAAAAGGAAGAAAGUAAAAAAGAAGAGACCGCUGACGCCGCGGCUGCUACGCCAUCCUCGGCACCGACCAAAGCUAUCAGCGUGCAUAAAACCAACUACGAGAAGGAUGUUGUUUAUCUAUAUCAGUUCUCUCGAAUACCGCUUCUGCCCUCCAUCUCACCUUAUUGUCUCAAGGUAGAAACAUGGUUGCGACUCAACGGUAUUAAAUAUGAGAAUGUGGACCAUAAAAUGAAAUUCCGUUCCAAGAAAGGCGCGUUACCAUUUGUCGAGCUAAAUGGUGAGGAAAUCGCGGAUAGCACGAUUAUCCUUCGCGAGCUUAGCCAGAAAUUCGGUAAGGAUCUGGACGCCGUUCUUACGUGUGAGCAACGAAGCGUAUCCCACGCAAUGAUAUCAAUGAUUGAGAACCACUUAGUCUGGGUGGUGAUGUGCUGGCGAACUAAGAAUCUCGAUCAGGUUUUUAAGGGUUACAAGGUGAAUCUUCAGCACGUGCUGGGUACUCGUAUCCCCAAUGGAAUUCUCAAUUUCUUCUUCAAACUUACGGUCGGUCGUAAGGGCGCAAAGAAAGUGAAGGCGCAGGGUAUGGGUGUACAUACUCCAGAAGAGGUGUCCCAAUUCGGUUGCGCCGAUCUUAAAGUUCUUUCUGACAUGCUUGCAGACAAGCCUUUCUUCUUUGGAGACGAACCGACUACGUUGGACGUUGUAGCAUUUGCACAUCUUGCCCAAAUUCUGUAUAUCGAUAAAGACACACCAUACAGUCUGCGAGACUAUAUGCAGGAGAAUUGUCCAAACUUGGUGGGACACUGUUCACGCAUGAAGGAACGAUGCUUCCCGGAUUGGGAUGAGAUUUGCUCUACCCUUGAUAUGAAUACUCAUCUACCGAAACCAGAAAAACAGGAGGAGAAGGAGGGCAAGGAGGAUGCAAAGGAGUCGAAGGAAUCAAAGGAAGAAAAAGAGGGUGAUAAAGAAAAGGCGGAUAAAGAAGAGAAAGAAUUGGAGAAAGACAAAGAAGUUGAUGAAAACAAAGAAAAGGAGAAAGAAGGGAAAUAAGCUCUCUUGAAGGACAAAUAAGUCGUUCAGAGAAAGGGAAAAAGAAGAUUUAAAACUUGAGAAAAGAAAAUUGAGGGUGUGAUCUGGUAAGAUAUAGAAAAUCUUAGGGGGGAUGGGGGUUGAAAAAAGGAAAAAGAAUGAAGGUGGAAGAAAGAAUGUGUAUGUAUGUGUGAAUGUAUUUUGUACGAAUGUUGACAGAAAGGAAUAGAAAAUGAAAGAGAGAGGGAGGGAGGGACGAGGAGAGAGGAAGAGGUAUUAGAGAGGAUGAGUGAUAAGGAAGAAAUUAAAAUGUGUGUGAAAGAGCAAACGAGAGAAAUUCGACGUGUGAAAAGGAAGAGGGGUAGGGGGAUUUCAGGUUUAGAGCUCUCUACUUAUACGUAUAGAUAUUAAUAGACUCAUAAUGUUAAAUACUUCGUUUAUAUACGUUCGUAACACGUUAUUACGCCAUUUCUCAUCGACACCCCAGCACACCCGAAUCGAAUAACAAACUUUAUUAUUAUAUUUGACCCAGGGCCCUUUUCCCCCCCCUACGAAAAAUAAUACGAGAAAAAUUAAGGAAUGAUAACAGAAUGGGGCUAUCUUAUAAGUCAUUAGAAUAUCGUAGGUUUGCAAUAUAUCAAAUGCAAUAGCCUGACACAUUCAGGUUUGUGAAAGAUCUUCUUCGAUGAAUAGUGGCCAAAAUGAAUGUAUCGUACCGUUGUGCAAAUAGACGUAAACCAUGAUAUGAUUUAUACGAUGCAAUUUAAUGUGAACAAGCGAAAUCAUUCAUGGUUGCGAUAUACGACGUUAGAUAGCGCCCCUGAUACUGAUUCAGGGAGAAGGCGUCUUGCGGUCGCUUCAUACAGCAUUGGCUCUUACUGUGCAAAAUGAGUUACGUACCUAGCGUUUCAGCAACGUACCGUAUAUCACAUUGUGAUCUUCGUUUGAUCGUGCUUUUUUAGUUAUAUGUGUAUAUGUCGCACUUUUACAAUCGCUGUACGGUAUGGAGAUUUUUAACUUUUUUUUAUCAUUUUCUUUUCUUUUUUUAUAUAAUUCAAAGUUCAUUCAAAUCACUUUUCAAAGUAUGAUGUCAUAGAUUGCUUUCUAAUGCAUUUGAAUACUCGAAUGAUUUCUGCAAAAAUCGUUUUUCAUGCAACGAUGAUCAGAAGAUUGAAUGUUAAAUUUUCAGAUGCAUUGGAAAGAGACUGUUUUUAAUUUUGACUUAAAUUUUGACUUGUUAUAUAUUUUUUUUAUAUGAUUUGUCUCAAAUAGAAACCAAUUUUCUAAACGCGCGUGCGUCAAGUUAUGUAAUUUUUUACGAUUUAUUGACAAUGUCUCUCCGACGAACGAAGUAUCAUUUGCGAUUACGGAUCGGCGGUAAAUGAUGAUAUUUACGAUGAUUUGUAUAUUAUUAGAGAUAUUUGUAUUACGUACAUGCGGAUGCAAUCCAAGUGAUUGUGCCGCUGGAAGCGGAAAUGGCAUUGUCACCGCGUUCUGAAGUCAUUCGGACGCUUUGUUUCUUCUUUUUCUUUCAUCAAAAUAACGAAAAAAAAAAAAAAAAAAAAUAUAUGAAUAAAAAUAAGCUAGAAAAGAGGCACAGGCAAAUAUCGAUCUCUUCUGUCUGGGUUUCCUUUCGAUAUUCAAAAAUGAAAUAAAAAUAAAAAAGAAAAAGAAAAACGAACGAAACGCUGUGCUGCCCCCGUGUGUUAGUUCAACUUUAUUAGAUGACUUUUUUCUCGGAUGUGUGAGAAAAAAUUUUACA